AUCCAGAGUUUAUUUAUCACCUGCUGUUCGGCUCGAUGGGGAACUGUCUCAGCUCUCAGAGUGCUGAUGAUCUGUCACCUCUUAAUGAGUCUGAGGGAGCGAGUUUACCAGGAGAACCUCCACCUCCCUAUCAGGAGCGUGUGCAGGUGCCUGUGUACCACCCCACACCCAGUCAGACCCGUCUGGCCACCCAGCUGACGGAGGAGGAGCAGGUACGGAUCGCUCAGCGCAUCGGCCUCAUCCAGCACCUCCCACGCGGCAUCUUCAACCCGGGAUCCGAACCUGCUGACAAGAAGAUCAAAGAGUGUGUGAUCUGUAUGCUUGACUUUGAGUACGGAGACCCGAUCCGGUUCCUGCCGUGCAUGCACAUCUACCAUGUGGACUGUAUCGAUGCAUGGCUCAUGCGCUCCUUCACCUGCCCUUCCUGCAUGGAGCCGGUGGACGCGGCGCUGCUCUCCUCCUACGAGACCAACUGAGCCUCGCUCGCUACCACCAAGACACGCCAGCACCAGGAGCAUGCCAAUCGAGUCAGCUUUGGGUCACAGGGGGGUGGGAGGGGUGUGUGUGAGUGUGUGUGUGAAGAAACGGGUGUUGGUCUGAGGAACCGCUGACCACACUGGCAUGGGGACGAACGCAGGCUUCGUUCUGAUAAUUUCUUGGCCGAAUCUUUACAUUUAAAUAUAGUCGAUUAAAAACGAUCACUUUAUUAAACCCUUUUCUUUUCAAAAUGUGCAAUACACAGGAGGAGGAAGAAACCUACCGUGUUUGAUUGAGCCUCUCUUCACUAACAUAGACGCUGCUGGUGUCUCACGUCCUGCUGAAGCACAGAGCUCUCAAAUCAGAGACAGACUGAAAAUGUGCGAAGGCUUAAUCGGCGUGUCCGACAUGUCCGUCUAAAGUUUGUCCUUAAUCCGCUUUAAAGCACCUCGUUAAUUUCGGCAGAUCGUUAACAAGCUGAAAUAAGAACACGAACAGAACCGAAAUAGGAAACACCAAGUUUUUUUAGUGUUCUUCAUAAAUUUAUAAUUAAACCUUUAAUUUCAUAUUAAUGUAGAAAAACUGUGAUACUGUUGUAAAUGUCAUGCAGUGCAGAUGUCUGAUCUUUAUUCAUUCCAGGUUUGUUUUUUUCCUGUCCCAUCCCAUAGAGAACUGCUCAGACACUUUUUUUUAUUUUUGGGGGUAAAAUUGAUAAAGACGUCUUAGUGUUUGUAUUAUAAAUGUAAAAUCACUUUUCAUGCAGCAGAGGGCGCUGGAAACUUCAAAACGCACCUUUAAAAUACACAAAUGCACCAUGUAAAUAGGAGCUUGUCGUGUCAGGAUUGUUGCCAGAUUGGGCACGAUCCCUCUUUUAAUGUUCGUUCUGGUGAGUCCUUGCUGUGGAUUUUUUUUUCUUCUAUAAACCCUUCAGUGAAGCUCAUCGAGCAGAUCGUUCUGUUUAGAUUACGACGUUCGUGUGUUUUGUUUUAUCGUGGAACUCGGUUCCUGUGCUGCUGUUUUCUUCUUUCGCUCUCGGGUUGCCAGAUGUUGUUUCUUAUUUUUGUGCCAAAUCUGAGAUUUCAAAUCAGAGUAAUAAAAAUGAAAUAUCAUUUAAAAAAAAAAAAGGAAAUCUCACUCCGGAUCUCCUUUGAAUAUUUUCUGCCUUACUUAAUGACCUAAUGUACAUAAAGCUCUUAAUCCACUUGGUUGUGAACCUUCACCUUCAGUCGGGUGUGUUUUUGUCGCGCGUGUUCGAGCGUUACACCGAAAGGCGGACGUUCGGACGAUACAAUCGUGUUUGUACGCUUUUCUGUACUUACGUGUAAAGAGCUGAAGAUUUAACGUGAUCCUUCUUUCUCUUUUUUGUCUUUUUGUAUUUUUAAAGAGAGAAAAAGAUUCUCGGUUUUGAUGCAGCUCGAUGUAGCGUCUUUUCAGUCUGUCGGCAUAAAGAAAAAGAAAUCGGCUGUUCUGUUCUGCGUCACACUGUGAGACGUCUAAUCUGAAAGAAAGAGGAUUUUUCACUACUCCUUGUGUAGAGCUGAAAUGAAUUCAGUUCGUUGUACUGCUCAGUGACUGAGUGAGUGCUGAGUACACAAAACGGGCUUUAUUUACUCUUGUCCUGUGCUAACCGGAUCCUUUUAUACGUUCACACAUGAUCUUGUGUUAUUUAUGUCGUUAUUAAGAAGAAAAAAGGUUUAUAAAAAAAAAACAAAACACCAUUUUCAUUUCUAACCACUUUAGAUUUUUUAUGUUCACGAUCUCAACCAAUGACGUUAACAAAUGCUGCGUUCAGAUUUUUUUUUUGCAGCGGAAAUGUUUCGUACUUUAAAUUUUUUCUCAGAUUAUUUAUGUAGUAAACGUGCAGUUUAGAGAUAUUUGACUGCUGUGUCUUUCUUAAGAAACCGGUGUUUAGUUUCUUUCUUUAAUGAUUGCAGCUGGUUGUGUUUUCUUGGAAAAAAAAAAACUGACCAGAGAUUGUUGUUGUUAUCUUUGGGGAAAUGUUUUGAAGCGGUCUUAGAUUUUGUUGUAUCGAGAAAUUUUGUUUGUUCGAGAUUUUAAAAUGCUGCGUCGUUGUUGCGUAAUUAUUAUUAUUAUUAUUGAGAUCUCAGAUAAUUUGUUUGCUACCUUAAGACGGCGAGAUGUUUUGCCACUCACAUAAUCGUGGUCGUUUCUCUGUUUCGUUCUUCAAGACUGUCAUCAUCCUGUCUGCAAAAGUAAUCUGUAGUUCGUUCAGGAUCUCUGAUUGUUGUGAAUGAUUUCAUUCAGAUUUGAGCUUGUCUGAGAUUUUAAUCAAUCUCACGUUUUCUGGAAAGUGUUUGCUUCUUUUUAAGCUCCCAGUUUGUUGUAUUGUGUUCUCAGACAUUGUCGCUUUAUCUCUUGUUGAUGGCAUGAAAUAAGUUACUGAUAAAUUGUUAGCACAGGAGAAGUUAGUAACUAAGGUUUGUGAAUCAUUCUGAGGCGAACAUACUGAUAAUAAGAACAUUUUUGAAAGGAAGCGUCCACAGAUAUGAUUCUGUCUCAGACAUGAGCAGAUGAUGCGUUAACAGAAACCUGUCUGUUUGCUUUAACAUAGCCGAAGACUGAUUGUUUUUUUUAAUAGGUCGCUUGUACUACAUUUCAAGUUAUCUGGAGUUGAGUAGUGUUUAGAAAUCUAGCUCUCGUACACACUUUUCUCUUUUUUCAAUGCAAAAUGAAAAAAUAGUGAUUUCAACUCAUGUGAAGUACAAUCUUUUUUUUAGGAAACAAUAUAUGACAUGAUUUGAUGCCAAGUUUGCUUCAGUAAUGUGUAGUUCUGAAUCUGAGCUGCUAGAUUGUGUGUGUGUGUGAGAGAGAGUGUGUGUGUGUGUGUGUGUGUGUGUGUGUGUGUUGUACAUGUACAAUGAUGGCACAGCUUUUAGGAAUAUGUAAAGAUGAUGAUGAUAAAUGAAUAUACAAUUAACUAAAUAAAUAAAUGAAACAUU